GUUCACUACUGAUCUAGUUCACUAUACCGUGACCCGAUUUUAGACCUAGAAAACAUCCGCAGCAGUCGGAGGAGAACCUGAAUUUGUCGCCAUCGGCACAUUAUUUACCCCCUCUCCAUACACGCGCACAUCACCGCUGGCGGCGUGUUCCUAUAUAAGGCCCCUAGUUGUGAGACGAGUUUCACUCCGUCGAGGCACGUCAGAGCAAACACAUCACAAGCACCGACCGGCACAAUGUACCGCCUCAUCGUUGUCUGCCUUCUCGUCGCUGGUCAACUAGUCGCAGGUGACCACUGCAGCGGAUCGUUCAGCCGCGGUCCUUACUCGGCCACUUGGGACAUCAAACUCGGCGCCCAGGCCCGUAAUGAUGCGAUAGAGUUCACGAUCAGCCACUCUCGGUCAGACGUUUGGCUAGGCGUCGGCUUCAAACUACCGAACGACAAUAGCAUGCCCAACACAGAUUUCGCCUACGGGUUCGUAAUGCCAAAUGGACAAACGGUCCUUAUCGAUAGCUUCAUAAGUGGUUACGGACGUCCGACGACCGACGAGUUCCAGAAUGUCAACUCCGUCAGCUCGUCGUCCGUGCCGGGGAGGCAAGAAAUCACGUUCACGAAAAGUCGCAAGAGCGUGGACGAUGGCAACUUCCCCGACUUAGAGGGCAAGUAUCUCGUCUUCCCAGCGUCGCCGGGCCGGGCAGGGCUCUCCAUCCACAAGCAUCAACGUAGUCCCAUCGUCUCCAACAUAAAGCUAGAGUUUAAUGCGUGUCGCGCGAGUAGCAAGUAAGGGGCAGCAGCCUGGGUAUGCGCGGUGCACGUACGCGCGCACACACGCACACGCGUGUGCGCGUCGCCGCGCGAUACCAAUGGCAUGCGGAAAUUAAUGGCUCUAGUUUCACCUCUCGUGAAAAAAGUUUGGGAAGAUUUGGCGCGGAAAUAAAUACGAAUUACCGACCUUUUCUUUAAAUCCGCCUGUUAAUUAUAAUUUAUUACGUUUUCGUUUUGCAAAUGAGAAGCAUUGGUGAAGGCUAUCGUUUAUAGAAGUCGUCGCCGAAAUAUACGGUACAUGCGCUUUUCGUCUCGGAGCUUUCUGCAAACAUCAUUGGUGCAGUGUGGUGAUAGAAACGUAUUUAAUUUCGUAAUUCGAAAUAUUUAACUUACCUCAAAAUCAACAAGUACGUUCUCUCGAAAACCAGCUACCUGUGCAUGUUCCGGAUCGUAGCAAAUGCUGAGGCAGAUGCUGACAGCGUACGUGCAAUAUCGUAUAAAUAUCAAGAGCGCAUUAACUGUGCACGUGCUUUAAUUUCGUGCUCUGCAUGAUAAACAGUUAAAUUUCGCUGGAUAUGUGCAUGCAUGCGAAAAGUUCAGAUCAUAUUGCUGCUAAGCAGGAACGCACCAUCUGUACUAUCUCGCCCACCCUCGGGUUAUAGCGAAUAUCAUGCGCGUUACCAUUACGAGAGAAUUUGCAAACUUAACUUUGCGUUAGGCACAUUGUAUCAAAAAUGCGUGCGUGAGAUUUUGCGUGGAUUAAACGCUUCUACCUAGUCGGCUUGUUGGAGGAAUGCGUAGCGCCGUGCGAUAUUUGGUGGGUGGAAAAUCGGGAAAUAAAAACAUGUUAUUACACUGAU